AUGAUUGCUGUCAUGUUAAUUAGCAGCAAGUACAGCAAUAUCUUUCCAAACGUCUCUGUCCAACUUGAUCUGUUUCACGCAUGUCAAAGAAUAACGAGAACAUUUGCUCGACAAAAUGCUCUUCAUAAAGAAGUGUCAAAAUCUUUUGUUCAAAUAUUUCGUGACGACGAUGACCAAGGCGAGAAACGACUUAAAAGCACUGUGUACAAGGAAAAGAUGGAAAAAAAUCUUAACUCGUUUAUAGAACGCUGGAGCAAUGUUCUCUUUAGCCCUCUUACAGAAGCAACUUUUAUAGAAAUUGAAAAUCUACGCAAGCAUAUACAGAAAGGCUGUUUAUCAGAAAUACCUCCAGGAUGUGGUACAGAGAGAAACGAGGGAUUGCACAGACUUUUAAACAGGUCGAUGAUUUCUGGAGCCACUACUCUUUCCGUCCAACUAGCAAUAGCAUUGCUGACUCUAUUAUUCUACCAUCACAAUCAAAAAAUAUCUGCAGAAAAACAUUGUUGUAGUUCAAAAAUCAGGCCUGUGGCACCAGUCGAAAGUAAUGUCACCAGCUGUAAUGCGUUAACUGGAAAUGCUGAAUUUGAAACAGAGUCAGUUGAUGAUAAAGUUCGCCAGCCUCAGUUUUCAACAGAAUUAUAGAUAUAGAGGAUGGAAAAAUUUUCCAGAUUUCCGAAAACUCAUCUGCUUCGAGUAAUCCUUUUGUUAUAAUGGUUGACACCAUUGAAGAUCUCUGUCAGGAAUCGAUUGCAGCGGCUCUAAUAAGUGCAACGUAUAACCUUUCCGAAAUGAUAAAAAAAGUAAAAGAGAAAAACAAUGAUCGUUCUUUUAAUGCUCUUGACAUUGUUCAUCUCAGCAAAAUGACAAAACUUCUUACUUCUGAAGACAACAUUGACACCGACGACCCAACGAUCAACAGCCAUAGUGACACGCUCAAACGGCAUUUAGCCACAUUCAACCUGCAGCUGGAUAUGAGUCCAAUCUGA